AUGAAGACCUUCUCUUUGAGUCCCAUUGUUCUCCUGGCCUUCUUCCUCAGUGUCCACCUUGGAACUGUCACACAUAUAUUGACUACAAAAAGAGGUAAGAAGAAAAUCUGUGUCCAACCACAGGCCAAGUGGGUGCAGAGAUACAUUUCUAUGUUGAAAGCCCAUAAGCGUGCUGGAGGUUUUGCUCAAGGAUCUUUGAACUGA